GCAGCUACUGGGGGUACAUCGUCAGCGACACUCUGCAGACAGCUCGCCUAUUCCCCAAGGGGACAGGAGCUGAGGAAGCAGGACUUUGGCCAGGAGGAGACCACGUCACGGUUAUUUCCUGAGCUGAGCUGAAUCUUCAGGCCGGAGAGCCCACAGGACCAUCUGGCUGGAGCCAUGGCUCUGAAAAUGACCCCCGUGCUACUGCUGCUACUGGCUUCUGCACUGGUGCUGCUGGGAGCAUCAGCCAACCAGGAUCAGUAUGAGCGGUUCCUCCUUCAGCAUUUUGAUGCAAACCCCAAGGGUCGUAAUGACCACUACUGCGACAGUCGCAUGCGCUACAUGAUGGGGAAGGACAAGAAGAGGGACAGAAAUCGUGAGCAAAAAGUCUGCAAGGACCCAAACACCUUCAUCCAUGAAAACAGCAAUGAUAUCAAAGCCAUCUGCACCAGCCAUGGAGGCAGGAACUAUGUAACCAAAACUGGCCAGGCCAUGCGCCAGAGCCUCAGACCAUUCCAGAUCACCACCUGCACCUGGCAUGGAGGGAAACCCCUCGACAAAUGCGAGUACCGGGCGACCCGGGACUCAAGGAUGAUCGUCAUUGCCUGCGACGAGCAUGAGCACCCGGUGCAUUUUGACGAGAGCCAGAUCUGACGAGGUGAUGAGGAGGCAACUCCCGAUUCCCUCAGAAUCUGCUGCUGCCUCUUCUGGUGCAGGGAUCUUGGGCUGAAAUGCCCUGAUCACAUGCUGCUGCCCCCUAGUGCCCAUUAUACAGUAUAGCCGCCCCUUCCCCGCCCCCACCUCUGCUGCCCCCUAGUGCCCAUUAUACAGUACAGCCGCCCCUUCCCUGCCCCCACCCUCUGCUGCCCCUA